UGACGUUCUGACGUCAUUUACGUACGAAUACGAGUAAUCUGAGCUCUUGACGGAAAUUAGUGAAAUUUUGCUAUCCCAUUUUUUAAAUUUAUUAAAAAAUGGUGUAGAUUUUGUUUCUUGAAACAUUCUAUUUGAGGCUACCACUUGAAGAUUCUGAAUUUGUGGUUGUGACAGUGUAAUAUUUUUGUUGGUAUAAGAUUUAUAUUUUGCCUAAAAAAAGAUUUCCCCUUCCUGUACUUAGUACAUUAACUAAUUUUAUUUUUUUAAAAUACUUUACUCUACCUAAAAUUUAAAACAAAUGAAUCUUAAUUCAGUGUGUGAUGAUAUAGAAGAGGGUGAAAUUGUCAGUGCUUCAUCAGACUCGGAUGUUCCUAGUAAAGCUUUCUGUUCAAAACGAAAAUCGCUCCCACGCCGUUAUGUUCUAGAAAAAAAUAAGAAAUUGCAUAGUAAGCAUAAAAGGAAAUGUAAAUAUUCUCAUCACCACGUGAAAAAGGCAACAUUGAAAAUGUCUUCAGUGAAACUAAAGGGUCAUAAAAAGCUGAAAAUAUGCUCUAAGCAAGACCCAAUCAGUAAUUCUGUAAAAAAAAAUGCCCGAACUAAAUCUCAUUCAAAUGUAAGAAACCCGAAAUUUUAUAGUACUUUAUUUUCAGAAAUAAGUAGUAACUUAAAAACAUCAAAAGAUAGUGAUAAAAACGUAGAUAGAUCAGUAUUGCAUACUGCUAUACGUAAAUGUAGUUCAUUAAACGUGGUCGACAGUCCAAAAUUGCCGGAUAGUUAUGACAAAUCUUUUAAUGAAUUGAAAAAGAAUGGGAGUUUGGAAAGUAAUAGUAUUCCAAGUUGCAAUUUGAAUGCUUCGGUACAAAGUGCAGCGCUUGUUGGUUCAGAUAAACUUGUCAAUGAAAAUGGAAAACUGAAAAAGAUUUUAAAUGCUUCGAAUGACACUCCGCUUAAUGUGGAAAGUGAACGUAAAGCGGAGGAAAGUGAAGAUGAAGAUGAACUCAGAAGAAUAGCUCUAGCUACUUGUGCUAAAAAAUUGCUCUCUGAAAAUGAAACUGAAAAAAAUGUGCAGAUUUGCAGUGUUGAUGCAAUUCAAACUCCUCCGAUCGACGUACAACCUGUUACCGAUAACUAUGAAAUUGUUGAUAUGGAACUCGAUGAUAAUAUUGGUUCAGUAGACACUAUGGACGACAUGUUUGUUAUUGAUACGAAACCCGUGGCUCCCGAUGACUGUAAAAAGGAUUUCCUCGAAGAAGCAGGAGACACGAAACAUCUCCCUGCUACUAAGUUAGAUGAAGAGUUUGAAGAGGAGCUUUUGAGAGCUAUGUUGCUUGCAAACCUGAAUUCUCAACUGAGAAAGGAUCGGGAUGAUGCUUUAGUUAAAAAAGAAAUUUUGAAAAACAGCAAGAAAAUUGAGAAAAUUAUUUCUAAGCCAAAAGAAAUGAAGGAUAACAAGAAAAUUGAGAAAUGUAUUUCUAAGCCAAAAGAAAUGUUGAAGGAUAACAAUAAAAUUGAGAAGUGUAUUUCUAAACCAAAGCAAAUCAACAAACUUCCAUUACUGAGUCAAAAAUCUAAACCUGUGGCAUUACCAGCUAAGAAAGUCGAUGCAAAAGUGAUAUGUCCCCCAAAGGCACAGCCUGAUAAUACCGUUCACAUGCCGCAGAAUAGAAUCGUUAUCUCGUUAGCUGAUGAAUCAUCUUCAGACGAAUCCGAUGCAGAGGUGGAAAAUAAUGGCCCUGUUGCAGCACCUAGUGUUUCGAGUUUGGAAGCUUUGAUUUGUAGUGCCAGGAUAAAAUCCGACCAAUCGAAAACAGGUGCAGAAAAUACUAAUGUUUCUUAUUUGUCGAAAGCACAACAAGAGCAGUAUAACCUAUACAAAAAAAUUCUGAAUGCAAGUGAUGGUGAGCAAGCCUUGGUAAACGGAAAGGAUUUUUCGCACUUGACUAACUACCAGCUGAAAUUAAAGGAAAAGAAACUGUCGAUUGCUUUGUCGAAUUAUAUGAAAGAAAAAAAUUUGAUGGCUAAUGAAAGGAAGGAAUGCCUAAUGAAAAAAGCCGCAUUCUUGAAAAUGAAAUUAAAAGCACAACGGCUUAAGGAAGAAUGGAUGGAAACUAGGGAAAUGAUGAAAACUAAUUCUCAGCUGUAUCAGAAGUCGGUUAAUCACUUUAAAACUUUGAAAAAAUCUGUGAUGAAACGAGAAGAGCUUAUAUGUAAUUUGAAAGCAGAGUGCACGAAGUUGGGCGUGUCUGUCAAAGGAACAGAUUACGUUCUGCCAGCAGUUUCAGCUCAGACCCCUUCACUCGUAGAUAAAACUAAUUCAUGAUAGAAUUCCCCCCCCCCCUCUCUUUAAAUGUCUACAUCUAGUCUUUCUGGCAUUGUUGAUUUGUUAGGUUGUGCCAAACUACCCUUCCCCUUUUUUCAUCGAGGGUUUUACCAUCAGAUUGAAUCUGCUCAAAAUGUAAAAAGAUUGUGUUGUGUUAAAUUUUAAAAACCAGGCUGUACCACUAUCCCUGGACCAUAACAUGCUUUAUUUUCCAUCCCAGUGUUGCCAAAUAUGAACUAAAGUAUCUUUUAUUUUCUUAUUUGAUUUCUGCAUAGUUUUCCCAGGGGAAUUUCUCGUGCAGUCAUGCUCAUGUUUUGUACAGCGCCGAAGUGUUCAAUGUAAAAAGUACUGUUUCUUGUAAUUUUAUAAAUUGUUUACAAUAAAUAUUUAUUUUUUAUGUAAAA